UACUGACGAGACCACAGCAUUGGAACAAACCAGUAUAAAUGUUAUUUCAAUCACGGUCCACAUGGACAACCAUUUGAUGAUUCGCCCAAUUGUUCUGGUCCUACACCACUUACGCAGGGAGGCAUUACAGCUUCAAUGCCCGGAGGUUCAUUCAUUGGUUCUGUAGCUUCAGGCUUCAUUUCCGACCAGUUUGGUCGCAGAACAUCGCUCCAGAUUGGUUGCGUUAUUUGGUUAGUUAAAGAUUCAUUCCAUACACGGCGAAGUAUACUUGUUCGUCACAUUCUGUCCCUUUAUUUAUUAUCAUUCAAGGUUACUCGGAAGCACAAUUUCUUGUGCCGCACAAAAUAUUCCUAUGCUAGUCGUUGGCCGGUUUAUCAAUGGCCUUUCCGUUGGGAUAUGUUCCGCUCAGGGUCCUGUCUUCAUUGCCGAGCUCUCCACCCCAGCUCGCCGUGGUUUAGUUGUGGGCACACAGCAAUGGGCUAUAACCUGGGGUAUUUUGAUCAUGUUCUACCUCUCCUACGGUUGCUCUUUCUUCGAAGGUACAAUAGCAUUCCGACUUCCGUGGGGCUUACAGGCCAUCCCAGGAUUGUUACUUUUUGCAGCACUCUUCUUUGUCCCCGAAUCUCCUCGGUGGUUAGCCUACAAAGAUCGCUGGGAAGAUUGCCAUCAAGUCCUAGCUAUGGUACAUGCCAAGGGCGACCUAACUCACCCCUUUGUUGAGCUUGAGUUACAGGAAUUGAAGGAGGCCUGUGAAUUUGACCGCAAUAAUGCCGAUCACUCGGUUUUUGAACUCUUCCAAGGAAAGAUGUUGUGGCGAGCCCACAUUGGUAUUUUCACCCAAAUAUGGUCUCAGCUCUCGGGUAUCAAUGUUAUCAUGUAUUACAUCACUUACGUUUUCGCAAUGGCUGGUCUAUCAGGCAAUGCAAACCUGGUUGCAUCAUCUAUCAGCUACGUUAUCAACAUGGUAACGACUAUCAUCGCACUUUUCUACGUGGACAAAUUUGGACGACGUUGGCUACUUCUCACAGGUAGUGCCUCGUUGACUCUCUGGUGGUUCGUGUGCGGGGGAGUAAUGGGAGUAUAUGGCUCCCCUGCGCCUCCAGGAGGCGUGGACAAUAUUCCCGCAGUUAGCUGGCAAAUUCAUGGAGCCCCGUCUAAGGCUAUUAUCGCUUCUUCAUAUCUCAUCGUCGCCUCUUUUGCGCCUACGUGGGGUCCCGUCUCUUGGAUCUAUCCUCCUGAGCUCUUUCCGCUACGACUCCGUGGUAAAGCCGUCGCCAUAUCAACCUCGGCUAACUGGAUAUUUAAUUUCGCUCUGAGUUUCCUGGUUCCAAUCUGCCUUGAAAGCAUAAAGUGGAAGACUUACAUCCUGUUCGGAACAUUCUGUGCCGCAAUGGGACUACAUGUCUUUUUCUGCUUUCCCGAAACAGCCGGGAAGACUUUGGAGGAGAUCGAUUCCGUGUUUGAGUCCAGAACCCCACCUUGGAGAACGCAUGUACAAAGUCAGACGCCUGUCGCCUCCAAUAAGCUCGAGGAUAUUGAGAAGAAUGUUUCUCCGGACACAAAAGAUUCUAUGCGACCCGAACCUGUUUCGCAGAUUGAGGACGUGAAUUCGAACUCUUAGCAAAUUGCUUGACUGCAAAGAGGUUACAGCCCCCUGGCUUGAAACCGUUUCAGUGAUUGUGUGAAUAUCUGGGAGAUGGGUGGUCGUGAGUGCAGGUGCAGGGUGUAAGGGUGGGUGGAAGGAUCAGCGUAUCCAAUUUAUUUCCUGG